AUGUGCCUAACUGACCGUGUGCCUAAAAGAUGUGUGCCUAAAGUACUAUGUCUAAAUGAGAUCAUUAGUGUUAUAGUUGAAGGAAAUAUAUUAGAUGAUGUUCCGUGUCGAGACAGUGAUGUACGCUGUUUUGUGGAUGCUGGUGAAAGCGGUUAUUAUCCAAACCUAUGUAAUAAUACUAAUGUGGCCUCCGAUUGUAGCUAUAUGUGUGGGAAAUGUAAGCACAAGAUUUACUCUGAUGCUGAAGUGUAUUUUCCAUUUGAUGAUUUGGACGAUGACAACAAGUUUACAGAUAAAAGUGGGUUUAAAUCUGAAGAAAUAUCAGGCGAGAUUACUCUAAUGGAUCAAGGAAGGCGACUUGGUGCGGUGAUGAUUAACAAGUCAUCUUGUUUGGACCUAGGUGAAUUUGAUGGGGGACAUAAAGAUUCUACAGGAAUAUAUUUUGGUUACAAUCGAAAGUUAAAUGUAUUUAUAGUCACUGUAAACACAAAAAAGAGACAAUACACAGCCAGUUUUGAUGAAUCUAUAGUACCAGUUAGCUCCAGAUGGUUUAUGAGCAUAGUCGUAACCUGUAAUUUUAGAGGUAAUAAACGCAACAGUCAGGCAGAAUUGGGAUUGGGAAACCAAUAUCCACCACCCCAUGUAGCCACCAGUGUUCCCAGAAUACCUGAUCAGAUUCAGAAUUCUUUAGAAAAUCUGAAUUUUAGUCCAAAGGUUGAUAAUAGCCUGGUUUACCAUGAAGGUUUGAAAGUAUAUAUUGAAGGAGAGUUGAAAAUACAUGAGAGAAACUAUACCACUAUUCCAAUAGAUAACGAUUAUGACUCGGCCAGAAUAGGAUGUGUGGACAAAGACAAACCUUGGUCAAACUUUAUCCGAGUUGAUGAGUUCGCCUUUUGGAACAGGGUGCUAAAGCCACGUGAGGUAUUCGAUGUAGCUGUUGCAAAUAGUAUAAAGACAUUUGAGGAACCCAUCAAUCAGUUGGAUUCUACAGUAUCAGAAACAAAUAAUCUAGAAACAGCAACGUCAGUAGUUUCAUCCCUUGAACAAAUUGUAAAGACCAAGCCCCUAUCACAUAAUGAUAUUAAAGAAAUGGUAGGUCUAUGGGAAAGACUCGCGGCAGCUCAGUACUUACCACAGAUUAAAUUAAGCAGAUUCUCUAGAGUUCGUGCUUCCAGUGAUAAACCUGUUCAAAAUACUACAGAAGAAAGCUUAGUAUCGAAAGUGAGUGAUACUAUAGAUGGUGUAUUAGGAAAAACAAACAGAGGUGCUGUUAAAGAUCUUUCUGAUAAGGAACCAGAAUCUCUGCCAAAUUUAGUAGAAGCCGUAGAUGACUUUUUAGGAAAAGUAUCCAGAUAUUCACUUCAGAAUGAAUCAAAUGGAACAUACGAAGCAACCGAGAUACGAGAUUCCGUAGAAAUUCGAGUAAAAGUAGAUAGUGUUUCUAAAGAGAAUUAUGAAUAUCAACAUGGUUCCUCGGUAAUUUUAGAAACAGACAACAGAUCUAGUGUAUUACUGGUUAAUGUUUUAUAUAAAGGAAUUGGUAAUCUGUUUCCAACUGAUCACAAUAUUGAUUUACAGUAUAAACAUAAUGACAGUGAAAAAACAAAUAGUUCUUACCUUGAACUAGGUGAAGAUAUACUCGGGAUGUCAGUAUAUGAUGAUGAUAGUCUAGUCAACUCCAAUAUCCAAUAUAAAUUUAAACUACCAGAGAUUAAUGGUUCUGAUGUCUAUCCUCAUUGUGUCUAUUUAGAUUUCAAAAACAGUUCAAAAGAUGGUGUUAGUACAGUGUUGCCAUAUUGGACGGAUACAGGCUGUGUUUUACUGCAGGUUGCCAAAGAUUCGGUGACGUGCUCUUGCAGCCAUCUCACCAACUUCGCUAUUCUGAUGCAGAUUGUUCCUUUUGAGAUCAGUGAAAAGGACAAGAUGGCAUUAGAAACAAUAACCUUUAUUGGAUGCGCCCUGUCGAUAAUGGGAGGCAUUUUGACAGUAUUAACAUUCUUAUUUCUAAGAAUUUAUACAAACCGUGUAAUGAUUCACAUGAAUCUAGCAGUAGCUAUAAUAGGUGCUCAGAUAUUAAUGUUGAUUGAGGAAGCUAUCGCCAGGGGAACAGCCGCAUGUACUGCCGUGACAUUGUUACUAUAUUAUUUUAAUAUGUCGAUAUUUAGUUGGAUGUUGGUGGAAGGGAUCCAGUUGUUUCUACAGAUUGUGGUUGUUUUUACUUCAGAUAGUAAAAUGAAGAUAUUUUAUGGUAUUGGCUGGGGUGCUCCGAUUCUGUUGGCGACGAUAUGUUUAGCUGUUUUGAAUUCAGAUCUUGGGCAACACGGGGUAUGCUGGUUAUCACCUCAUGAUAAUUCUAUCUGGGCAUUUGCUGUUCCUGCUUUAGCGGUGAUUUUUACUAACCUGGUGAUAUUAGUUAUUGUGAUGAAGGUUGUCUACAGUAUGAGUAAUACGAUGGAUAAACCAAAACUAGCUGUCAUCAGGAAUGCUGUCAAAGCCAGUGUUCUGCUAUUACCACUAUUAGGUUGUACAUGGUUAUUUGGAGUUCUUGCUGUUUCAAGUGAAACUGUUAUAUUCCAAUAUUUGUUCACCGUUACCAACACACUACAAGGCUUCAUGUUGUUCUUCUGCCAUUGCGUCUGGAACACAGAGGUUAGAGAAAGUUUCAUGAGAAGAAAGGCUGUAUGGGAUGCCAGUCGUCACUUCCGAGUGGAUCCUGUUUCCCAAGCUCCCAGAGUGAAUGAAAUACGUCAUGAAGCAGACGGUCGGCGACGAACCAGACGUGAUAGAGCUGGGACGCCCUCUACCGACAGUUUCGAUAUGGCGUCUACACCAGUCAGUAAUAAAUAUGGUCAUCGUCGUAUUUAA